AUGUUGCUCGCUGGGACCAUGCAGGCGACUUUGCCAUCAAUUGAAAUUUUGUUACAAAUUAUUAUCAACAAUUUCUUGGCCAAUUCUUACUGCAUCACUUUCGUUUCCGAAGAAGACAUAAACUUUCAGAUCCCUUUUAGCUUCACAUACAUUGCUACAAAUGGAACUGAUUUGGAUGAAUUAGCAAAUAAAAUAUUGGACGUUUCAGAAAAGGGUUGCUCUGAUUACAUUGUAAGGGUGAAAGAGCCAAGUAUAUUUAUGGAAGCAUUCGAAAAAGUGAACUAUAUGGGUAAUGCAAGGCGCAGUAACAGAAAGAUUAUAAUGCUACCUUUCAACGAGAGCGAUGAGGAUACGAAAGUUUUGUUAGACAUUCUGUUAAUGAAAGAGACAAGUUCUAUAGCAAAUAUUUUAUUGAUUGUACCUGCUAUAACAAAAACACCAGGAUGUACAAGUUACGAUUUAGUUACACAUAAGUUUGUUGGACGUGAUGAUGAAGUUAGUAUGCGAGAAUACUUAGAUAAGUGGGAUUCUUGUACCAAGGAGUUUGAAAGGGGUGCUAAUUUAUUUCCGAAUGACAUAUCAAAUUUACAAGGAAAAAUUGUGAAAGUUGGUUGCUUUACUUACAAACCGUACGUUAUAUUGGACGUAGAUUCACCUACCGGACGUGAUGGCACCGAAGUAAGGAUUGUCGAGGAAUUUUGCAGAUGGGUGAACUGUACAAUUGAGAUAGUAAGGGAAGACGAAGACCAAUGGGGCGAGAUGUAUGAGAACAGAACAGGAAUCGGUGUACUUGGAAGUGUCAUUGAGGAUCGAGCUGAUCUUGGAAUAACUGCUCUUUAUUCUUGGUACGAAAUAUAUUUAUAUUUAGACUUCUCUGCUGCAUCAAUAAGGACCGCAAUAACAUGUAUUGCUCCUGCACCAAGAUUGCUCGUAAGCUGGGAAAUGCCUCUAUUACCAUUUAGCUGGAAUAUGUGGAUAGGCACUGUCCUAACAUUUAUUAUCAGUUCCUUAGCACUUAUUUUAGCAAUGGACUGCUCUAGCAACAAAGCUUUUUUGACCAUUUUUGGAAUGAUGACUGCACAAUCACAAGACGAUGCUAGUGGAAGUUGGAAGAUCCGAAGUGUGACAGGUUGGUUGCUGGUAGCAAGUCUGAUCCUCUGUAGUGCCUACGGAGCUGGUCUUGCUUCAACAUUCACCGUGCCUAAGUUCGAGAACUCUGUGGACACCGUUCAAGACAUUACUGAUAGAAAACUACAGUGGGGAGCAACGCAUGAUGCUUGGAUAUACUCACUGACACUUUCGCCAGAGCCUUUAAUAAAACAAUUGGUCAGUCAAUUUAAGAUUUACAGCGCUGAAGAAUUAAAACGGAGGAGCUUUACUAGAAGUAUGGCUUUCAGUAUCGAAAAAUUGCCAGCUGGUAAUUUUGCAAUCGGCGGAUACAUCACUAAGGAGGCAGUGCCAAAUCUGAUGAUAAUGAGAGAGAACUUCUACUACGAGCAGAAUGUGGUGAUGGCACGAAAGAGUUCACCGUAUACUGCGAAAGUAAGCGACUUGAUCGGCCGUCUUCACGAGACCGGCUUGAUGUUAGCUUGGGAGACCCAGGUUGCCUUAAAGUAUUUAGAUUACAAAGUACAAAUUGAAGUAAAACUAUCGCGUUCUUUACAAAAGGCUGUAAAGAUUGAACCUUUAAGCUUUCGUCACAUUGUGGGCAUAUUCUACAUUUACAUAGUGGGUAUCGCUAUUUCAUUGCUACUAUUCGUCGUUGAACUAUGUGCUAAACGAGAGAGAAAUGAGCUUAAACCUAGUAGUCCUAUUCAUUUACCUAUGUGAGAGUUUAAAAAAAACAAGCUUAGGUAUACAUUUUAUACAUGCACCGAAUGAAAAGUUUAACGCUUAACUAGUCAACGAAAUUAUUAUUCCCUAGUAUCUACUAUUUUGUGUGUGUCUGAAUAACUUAUAAUAAAAUCUGGCAAAAUCCAUUUUUCUUUCCUUAUAAUGAGGAGGAAGAUCAACCUCAGCAACCCUGUGGUCAGGGAUGUAGUUUAUUGUAAAAUUUUAGUGUAUGUACCUACGUACCUGUUUACUAUAAUAUAUCGUUUAUUAUUUUAGAACUUCACUAAGUUAAAGAAGUCACGCAAUUAAAGAAGCGUUUCUGAUUUGAUUUCUCACAGUUAAAUGCAUCAGAAAACGCUAUACGAUAACUUUACAAUUAUCGAAAAAGUUAGUUUAGUAUAAUUAAAUUUUGCAACCGGUCAGUAGGUAUUUAUGUAAAAUAUUACGAGGGAAGCAGCGGUUCCCAGUCAGUGGUGAUGAGAGAAAACUUCAACCACCUAUCACUAUCACUAAAAACUCAUUUCAAUAUUAACUACACGAUACUUUCAUAAAAAUCUCGCGAAAACUACACACAAUUACUUUUGAAAUUCCCGCCAGUUCCGUAAGUAAAAGUACGUUCAUAAACCGAAAUAAAGCCGUGUUUGUGUUACUUGUAUUAAAUAUCGAAAAGACUUUACGGCACUAGAAAAGUUUCGUAUUUUGUUUCAGAUUCUGGCUUACUUUUCAUUGUCUCUAAAUAAUAAUAAAGUAAGUUCUAAAAUCCGGAGUCUAGGUUUCCUACAAAAAUAUAAAUCAGAAACAGACAUAAUAACACUCUUAAUGCCAUUGCUUACAGCAGACAU